AUGUCAGAAAAGCCUGCAAUUCUUAUUCUCGGCGGUACAGGUUUUGUUGGUCGCCAUCUCGUUAAGCUUCUUGCUUCUACAGAGCAGUUCAGCUUGAUUCGUGCAGCAGAUAAGAAUUUACCAACAAUGGCAUGGUUUGAUGAAGCAUAUACAACACUUUUCAAGACUCCUCCAGUAGAAUUUAAGAUGGCAAACCUUGCUAACGAGCAAUCCGUCGAAAAAACAUUUGAAAUCGGCGAAGGAAAACAAUUCGAUUAUGUUGUCGACUUGGCUUCAACAACAGACUACGGAAAGGAGAAAGAAUUUUACGAUGACAGAGUACUUAAGAUUGUGAGUGUUUGCGGCGCAGAAGCAAAGAAGCGUGGCGUCAAAAGGUGGAUUGAAGUUUCAACAGCUCAGGUUUAUAAGAGUUCAACUAAACCAGCUACAGAAACAGCAGCAUUGAAGCCAUGGACACUCCUUGCCGCUGCAAAGCUCGAAGCAGAAAACAUCCUUAAAAAACUCGAAAUACCAAUGAUCAUUCUUCGUCCAGCUAUCAUUUACGGCCCAGGAGACAUCCACGGCAUUAUGCCUCGUCUCGUUUGCGGCAAAGUCUACCAGUACACGAAUAAGGAAAUGAAAUUCCUCUGGAACGAAGAUCUCAAUAUUAACACCGUCCACGUUACAGAUGUUGCCAAAGCUUGCCAUUACUUCCUUACAAAUGGAACUUUAGGCGAAAUUUACAACUUAUGCGACUCCGGUAAGACAAAUCAGAUCAAAGUCAACAAAUGCAUCUCAGAAAUCUUCGGCAUCAAGACAGGAUUUUACGGAAGCUUCCUUUCAAACCUUGCUCGCAUUAAUUUCAAAUCAGCCGUACAAGACUCAAACGACGAACACAUGCAGCCAUGGGGAAAGAUUACAGAAGAAAAUCAAAUUACAAAAACACCUCUUUCUCCUUAUCUUGAACCAGAAUUACUUUAUCACAACGAAUACUGCAUUGAUGGCACAAAAGUUACAACAACUGGAUUUAAUUACGAUGUUCCAGAACUUACAAAAGAUCUCUUGCUUGAAUCUCUCAACUAUUGGAUUUCUAUUCAAGCAUUUCCACCAAUUUAA